UGCUUUCUGGAGUGUUCUGGCCAUGGUCACUGUGACCCCAUCACAAAACGCUGCAUUUGCUCUCAGUUUUGGAUGGAGAACCUUAUACAGCGUUAUAUCUGGGAUGGGGAGAGCAACUGUGGGUGGAGUAUAUUCUAUGUGACAGUGUUGGCUUUUACUCUUAUCAUGCUGACAGGGGGCUUCACUUGGCUUUGCAUCUGCUUCUGCAAGAGACAAAAAAGGACGAAAAUAAGAAAAAAAACAAAGUACACGAUUCUGGAUAACAUGGAUGAACAGGAAAGAAUGGAACUGAGACCCAAAUAUGGUAUCAAACACCGAAGCACAGAGCACAACUCCAGCCUGAUGGUGUCUGAGUCUGAGUUUGACAGUGACCAGGACACAAUCUUCAGCCGAGAAAGAAUGGAAAGAGGGAACCCAAAGGUUUCUGUGAACGGCUCCAUCAGAAAUGGAGCUUCCUUCAGUUACUGCUCAAAGGACAGAUAAUGGAGCAGUUCCUGAAUCCAGGACCAGUCAGUGGGAACUAAAACACAGAGCUAGCUCUUGUGGGAAUAGCUCAUUGCGUACUUUUACAGUGAAAAAUAUGUCCCCACAUAUUAAAAAACCUGUUUUCCAGGGUCUUUCAAGGCACAAGACAAAAAUAUUGCUCUUUUAAGUGGCAUACUUGUUAAUAGAAAUAAAGACUGGGUAGAACUCUAAAGUA